AUGACGGUGGGUGCGCGGCUGGGCGCCAAGGUGAGGGGCAGGUUCUGCCGCCGCGGGCCCGGCGACGACCAGGUCUCCAUCCUGCCCGGGGAGGAGGAGGAGGCGGCGGCGGUGGCCGGGGGCAGCGCCGGGGCCCCGCGGCCGGCGGUGCUGCGGGAGGACGUGGAGGAGGAGGAGGAGGAGGGCGCCGGGGGGAGGAAGGUGCGCUUCGCCGUCCUGCCCGGUCCCUACGAGCCGCUGCGCCCGCCGCGGGCCCCCGGCAAGCGGCCCUAUGGGAAGCGCCUGAAGAAGUACGGAAAGAAUGUCGGGAAGGUUCUGCAGAAGGGUUGUCACUACUUGGUGGUCGGCCUGCAAGGAUUAGCAGCAGCCUACUCUGCUCCCUUUGGAGUCUCAGCACACGUGGCGUCCUUCGUCCGCUAGCGCAGCUCCCUGUGCCCCAUGGGAGAGGACACGAGGCCAUUGCUGCUUUCUCAGGAUUAAAUUUCAGACCUGGAUCUGAAAAACCUCUUGGACCAACAGCCCUGAGCCCCUGUGCCAGGCCCUUUCCAAGACUGAGUGCUCUUCUCUGAAAAAAAUCCCAGUGCUUUGUAAAAUCAGAUCAGGUCAAAUAAGCAUAAGGAUGAGAAAAUAAUCUUUGAUUAAUUUAAGUUUAUUUUUGGGCAUGAGUUGGUUUUCCAGAGCUUUGUGCUGUGUGGA